AUGCAGGAGGCUGGUAAUGGGGCCCCCAUUUGUGUUGGUCUACUCAGCAUUCAACAAGAGAAAGAUGUACUCUCCUUCUGUAUCAACCAAAAAUCUAUAACCCAGCCACAAUUGGUUCAUAAAUGUGAUCAGAGGUCGAAUGAAUCACACACACACACACACACAAGCGUAUGCACGUACACACGCACACACACACACAAACACAAAAAAGCAUACGCACAUACACACAUAGAACCCCCCCACACACACCCACGUACAUUAUUGAUGUGCUGGGCUUAUCAAACUGAAAUAGAGAAAUGGGAAUGUGAAUUAAUAAUAAAGGGGUGUACUGGCUGUAAGCUCUCUGGAGAGGGUAGAGGGGGAUAGCAAUACCAGAGUGAUGGAGGCAACAGCCAGGCUGGUGAGCAGAGGAAUGUAGACCUCCGCUCUGACAGCCGGUCCCAAUUCACUCCCUAUCCUUCUCCCCCUCGGUCUUAACCCUUUUGAUUUGGGCAGAUCUAUAGUGAUCUAUACUGUAGAUUUUGAUGAUAAAGGUCUUGCCCCCCCCCCCCCCCCCCCCCCCCACACACACACACACACACAAACCCUUCAAAUUCACUCUCUCUCUUUUUUCUCUCCACCACCCUCUCCCCCUCCCUCUAUCCCUCUACCCCCCUCCUUUGUGUCUAAAUCGGUUCUGCUCUGGCAGUCUCUCUUCUUUAAUCCUAUCUGUAGAGGUCCUGCAGCAUGGAGCGAUGUAUGCUAAUGUAGCCUGGCUGCUAAAAUGGAAAUUACACCGGAGCUCUUGGAGCCACCAAACUGACAAUACCAUCAGAAAAUACAUUGUGUUAUUAUUACACAUUAAGUUGGGGAAAAAUGUAAUAUAUAAAAUGUUGUCAAAUUUGAUCAACAAUGAAUGAUACACCAAGGGGCUACAACUACCUUUAUGAUAAGGCCUUUUAUCCGUUGUCUGAGAAUAAGUCUUAGACAUCAGAGAGAGAGAGGGAGAGAGAGAGAGUGUGUGUGUGUGAUUGAUAUCUGAAUAAUUUAUUUACAAAACGCUAUGUCCACACCAAAGAAUUCCACAUUUGUGUUUUUUAAGCAUAAAUGAUUGCUUAUGGUUACUUCUUGUGCACCGGAGUGCCAAGUCUGGGUCCAAAAGGCUUCUUAACAGCUUCUACCCCCCAAGCCAUAAGGCUGCUGAACAGCUAAUCAAAUAGCUACCCGGACUAUAUGCAUUGACCACACCCCUUUUUUUUACGCUGCUGCUACUCGCUGUUUAUUAUCUAUUAUCUAUGCAUAGGCACUUUACCCCUACCUACAUGUACAUAUUACCUCAAUUACCUAGACUAACCUGUACCCCCGCACAUUGACACCCCCCGGUACAUACAGUGCAUUCAGAAAGUAUUCAGACCCCUGACUUUUUCCACAUUUUGUAAAGUUAAAGCCUUAUUCUAAAAUUGAUUAAACUGUUUUUUUCCCUCAUCAAUCUACACAAAAUACUCCAUAUUGACAAAGCAAAACAGGUUUUUAGACAUUUUUGCAAAUGUAUUACAAAUAAAAAACAGAAAUAUCACAUUUAAAUAAGUAUUCAGACCCUUUGCUCAGUACUUUGUUGAAGCACCUUUGGCAGCGAUUACAGCCUCGUGUCUUCUUGGGUAUGAUGCUACAAGCUUGGCACACCUGUAUUUGGGGAGUUUCUCACAUUCUUCUCUGCAGAUCCUUUCAAGCUCUGUCAGGUUGGAUGGGGAGCGUCGCUGCACAGCUAUUUUCAGGUCUCCCCAGAGAUGUUCGAUCGGGUUCAAGUCCAGGCUCUGGCUGGGCCACUCAAGGACAUUCAGAGACUUUGUCCCGAAGCCACUCCUGCAUUGUCUUGGCUGUGUGCUUAGGGUUGUUGUCCUGUUGGAAGGUGAACCUUUGCCCCAGUCUGAGGUCCCUAGCACUCUGGAGCAGGUUUUCGUCAAGGAUCUCUCUGUACUUUGCUACAUUUUUCUUUCCCUCGGUCCUGACUAGCCUCCCAGUCCAUGCCGCUGAAAAACAUCCCCACAGCAUGACGCUACCACCACCAUGCUUCACCGUAGGGAUGGUGCCAGGUUUCCUCCAGACGUGAUGCUUGGCAUUCAGGCCAAAGAAUUCAAUAUUGGUUUCAUUAGACCAGAGAACCUUGUUCUGUCAGAGUGACCAUCAGGUUCUUGGUCACCUCCCUGACCAAGGCCCUUCUCCCCCAAUUGCUCAGUUUGGCCGGGCGGCCAGCCUAGGAAGAGUCUUGGUGGUUCUAAACUUCUUCCAUUUAAGAAUGAUGGAGGCCACUGUGCUCUUGGGGACCUUCAAUGCUGCAGAAAUGUUUUGGUACCCUUCCCCAGAUCUGUGCCUUGACACAAUUCCUUUGACCUCAUGGCUUGGUUUUUGCUCUGACAUGCGCUGUCAACUGUGGGACCUUAUAUAGACAGGUGUGUGCCUUUCCAAAUCAUGUCCAAUCAAUUGAAUUUACCACAGGUAGACUCCAGUAAUGUUGUAGAAACAUCUCAAGGAUGAACAAUGGAAACAGGAUGCACCUGAGCUCAAUUUCGAGUCUCAUAGCAAAUGGUCUGAAUACUUAUGUAAAUAAGGUAUUUCUGUUUUUUGUUUGUAAUACAUUCGCAAAAAAAAUCUAAAAACCUGUUUUCGCUUCGUCAUUAUAGGGUAUUGUGUGUAGAUUGGUGAGGAUUUUUAUUUAUUUAAUCCAUUUUAGAAUAAGGCUGUAAUGUAACAAAAUGUGGAAAAAGUCAAGGGGUCUGAAUACUUUCCAAGUGCGCUGUAUAGCCUCGUCAUUGUUAUUUUAUUGUUGCUCUUUUAUUUUUUACGUUUGUUUAUUUAGUAAAUAUUUUUCUUAACUGUUAUUUUUCUUAAAACUGCAUUGUUGGUAAAGGGCUUGUAAGUAAGCAUUUCACGGUAAGGUCUACACCUGCUGUAUUUGGCACAUGUGACAAAUAACAUUUGAUUUGAUGUGUGUGUAAAAUAUCCCUGUUCUCAGAUUUUAAAUUCAUAGAUUUUAGGUGUGUAUUAAAAUGAGUUUUUUUGCAAAACGCUAUACACUGAGUGUACAAAAUAUUAGGAACACCUUCCUAAUAUUGAGUUGCACCCCCUUUUGCCCUCAGAGGAGCGUAGAUUCGUCGGGGCAUGGACUCUACAAGCGUUCAACAGGGAUGCUUCCCACAGUUGUGUCAAGUUGGCUGGAUGUCCUUUGGGUGGUGGACCACUCUUGAUACACACGGGAAACUGUUGAGCGUGAAAAACCCAGCUGCAUUGCAGUUCUUGACACACUCAAACCGGUGCACCUGGCACAUAGUACCAUACCCCGUUCAAAGACAUAAUCUUUUGUCUUGCCCACACAAUCCAUGUCUCAAUUGUCUCAAGGCUUAAAAAUCCCUCUUUAACCUCUAUGGGGCGGUUUCCCAAACAGUUUAGUUUAAAUCAGGACUAGGCUAAUUCUACUUAAAUUAAUCCAGAUUUUAAAAACUGCUUUCUGAGACGUUGCUUAAUUUCAGAUUAAUUAGUUCUAGACUAGGGAGUCCCAGACUAAGGUAAGUAAGGACUAACCAGUUAAUCUUUGUGUAGCCUGGUUAUAUUGAUGACGGGCACUUGAUGCCGACCUGAGGAUGCUUCAAAAAUCAGGGAUGGGACACUAAUACAUAAGCAUUGUGUGGAAUUGGAGCAAGUAACCUAAACCAAACAAUGGACAGAGGUAAAAGAAAAUGUUCAGUGACUUUAGAAAAACCCUCUUGAAGCGAAUUGUGUAAAACCACCCAAUUAUUGAGAACGAACAGCAUUAUUCAUCAACAGAAAACAAGAAAAAUAAUGCCUGGACUGCCAUUGCAAAAAAAUCUAAAAAUCUAAAAACCCGUCGGAAUCCAAGCUUCAAGAUUGUUUUGAUCACACGGACUGGGAUAUGUUCCGGGUAGCUUGCGAAAAUAAUUUAGACGAAUACACUGAAAUGGUGACUGAGUUUAUCAGGAAGUGUAUAGGAGAUGUUGUGCCCACUGUGACUAUUAAAACCUACCCUAACCAGAAACCGUGGAUAGAUGGCAGCAUUCGCGCCAAACUGAAAGUGCAAAACACCGCAUUUAACCAUGGCAAGGUGACUGGGCAUAUGGCAGAAUACAAACAGUGUAGCUACUCACUCCGCAAGGCAAUUAAACUGGCAAAAAAUCAGUAUAGAGACAAAGUGGAGUCGCAAUUCAACGGCUCAGACACAAGACGUAUGUGGCAUUGUCUACAAACAAUCACAGACUAUAAAAGGAAAGCCAGCCACGUCGCCGACACCGACGUCUCGCUUCCAGACAAGCUAAACACCUUCUUCGCCCGCUUUGAGGAUAACACAGUGCCACCGACGCGGCCCACUACCAAGGACUGUGGGCUCUGCUUCUCCGUGGCCGACGUGAGUAAGACAUUUAAGCAUGUUAACCCCCGCAAGGCUGCCGGCCCAGACGGCAUCCCUAGCCGCGUCCUCAGAGCAUGCGCAGACCAGCUGGCUGGUGUGUUAACUGACAUAUUCAAUCUCUCCCUAUCCCAGUCUGCUGUUCCCACAUGCUUCAAGAUGGCCAUCAUUGUUCCUGUACCCAAGAAAGCAAAGGUAACUGAACUAAAUGACUAUCGCCCUGUAGCACUCACCUCUGUCAUCAUGAAGUGCUUUGAGAGACUAGUCAAGGAUCAUAUCACCUCUACCUUACCUGUCACCCUAGACCCACUUCAAUUUGCUUACCGCCCCAAUAGAUCCACAGACGAUACAAUCGCCAUCACACUGCACACUACCCUAUCCCAUCUGGACAAGAGGAAUACAUAUGUAAGAAUGCUGUUCAUUGACUAUAGCUCAGCAUUCAACACAAUAGUACCCUCCAAGCUCAUCAUUAAGCUCGAGGCCCUGGGUCUGAACCCCGCCCUGUGCAACUGGGUCCUGGACUUCCUGACGGGCCGCCCCCAGGUGGUAAAGGUAGGAAACAACAUUUCCACUUCGCUGAUUGUCAACACUGGGGCCCCACAAGGGUGCGUGCUCAGCCCCCUCCUGUACUCCCUGUUCACUCAUGACUGCGUGGCCAAGCUUGCCUCCAGCUCAAUCGUCAAGUUUGCAGAUGAAACAAAACACUAGUAAGCUUGAUUACAAACAAUGACGAGACAGUCUACAGGGAGGAGGUGAGGGCUCUGGGAGUGUGGUGCCAGGAAAAUAACCCCUCACUCAACGUCAACAAACAAAGGAGAUGAUCGUGGACUUCAGGAAACAGCAGAGGGUGCACCCCCCUAUCCACAUCCACGGGACCGCAGUGGAAAAGGUGGAUAGCUUCAAGUUCCUUGGUGUACACAUCACUGACAAACUGAAAUGGUCCAUCCAUGCAGACAGUGUGGUGAAGAAGGCUGAAGAAAUUUGGCGUGGCACCUAAAACCCUCACAAACUUCUACAGAUUCACAAUUGAGAGCAUACUGUCGGGCUGUAUCACCGCCUGGUAUGGCAACUGUACCGCACACAACCGCAGGGCUCUCCAGAGGGUGGUGUGGUCUGCCGAACGCAUUACCGGGGGCAAACUACCCGCCCUCCAGGACACCUACAGCACCCGAUGUCACAGGAAGGCCAAAAAGAUCAUCAAGGACAUCAACCACCCGAGCCACUGCCCGUUCACCCCGCUAUCAUCCAGAAGGCGAGGUCAGUACAGGUGCAUCAAAUCUGGGACCGAGAGAAUGAAAAACAGCUUCUAUCUCAAGGCCAUCAGACUGUUAAAUAGCCAUCACUAGCACAUUAGAGGCUGCUGCUGCCUAUUGAAAUCACUGGCCACUUUAAGAAAUGGAACACUAGUCACUUUAAUAAUGUUUACAUAUCUUGCAUUUCUCAUCUCAUAUGUAUAUACUGUAUUCUAUAAUAUUCUACUGUAUCUUAGUCCAUGCCGCUCUGUCAUUGCUUGUCCAUAUAUGUAUAUAUUCUUAAAUUCCAUUCCUUACUUAGAUUUGUGUGUAUUGGGUAUAUGUUGUGAAAUUGUUAGAUAUUACUUGUUAGAUAUUACUGCACUGUCAGAGCUAGAAGCACAAGCAUUUCGCUACUCCCGCAAUAACAUCUGCUAAACACGUGUAUGUGACAAAUAACAUUUGAUUUGAUUUGAUUUGUAAUGAAUUCAAAUCAAAUGAAAAAGUGAACAAAAGCACGCCACAAAUGUUUUAUUGUUGGCCCACUUUUACGAAUCAGAGUCAUUUUGACAUUUUUGUUUUCUUGUUUAACAACACAGUGGGGCCUAAAUGUAUUUGUAUGACAGAAAUGUAACACAAACAAUAUCAUACAUAAUUACUAAUAUAAUUUCUAUAAUGUCUUGUCUUUCUAUGGUCUUGUGGAAAAACAUAAAAAUCGAUUUAUAGAAGACGAAUGCUGUUGCUCGUAGGGAGCGUUUCAAGACUGGUAAGACCACAGACAGAUGAGCUGGGGGACUUCUUGACCGGGAUCAUUGAUAGCCAGCAACCCCUGGAAGGUAUCCCUGAUGAUGACCAUUUGGACAGUUCAGAUGGGGGUGCUCGUAGGGAGCGUUUCAAGUUCAAGACUGGUAAGACCACAGACAGAUGAGCUGGGGGACUUCUUGACCGGGAUCAUUGAUAGCCAGCAACCCCUGGAAGGUAUCCCUGAUGAUGACAAUUUGGACAGUUCAGAUGGGGGACCGUUCCAAUCCUCAUUUGGUAGGACACAUUCAUUCAACAUGUGUCAUCCCAGACUGCAGGGAAUAUGUAAUGUUGUCAGUUAUCCCUUGCACUCCCAUAAUAACAAUUAUGUAAUGAACUCAACUCUUUAAGAAAUAAUGUUCGCUAAUGAAGCUAUGUAAUCAUUGUCUAGUGGCAGAUGAUCACCAUAGCUGGAGGGGAUGAAGGUCAGCACACUACAUCUGCAGCAGCCAGGAGGGAAGAUUGUGUCACUAACCAGGGCCGGAGGACAAAGACAAAGAGGCUGAGCAUGCAUGAGAAACUGGCCAUGGAAUUUCAUGAGCGCAAGCUAAUGUAUUUAAAAGAAGAGCAUGUUAUGAAGAUGCAAAUCCUUCAUGUUGAGUUGGCUAUGGCAUGA